AUAGAAAUCAAUUAAUUAUUUGGUUAGUGAGACACUUGAACUUUUUCGACAACUCCUUUUUGAACUACAUAUUUCCCUCCAUUUUCAAUUACAAUAGUGAUGGGAGGUGAUUUAAUUUGUUUUUUGGAAUUGUCAUUUCAAAAAAGGAAUACAAAUAUGGAUUUUUCUAUUAUCUAUGCCAUUCAUCUCUGCUAUCUCUCAGUCGUUGUAGUGCACAAAAGUUUAAUGUAAUACAAAACUCUCCAUCUAGUACCAUCAGCGACUGUACACAUGAACUAUUGGUAGCAACAACGUCUCUCAGAAAAUCAUCUCUAUUACAAUCAACCGGUUGGGGUUGGGGUAUAUAAAUCAAUCUGCCACACUACAACUUCUAUUCGAAAACAAAAAAAAUGUACAUACACUGUAAAUACAAUCUAAAGAGCUACGUCUCACUAGUUGUUGUGUGUAUUCUAGUUACUAUCUUAGUAGCACUUGUAAAUAAUGUAGAGCCACUUUGUACUCCUGCUCAAGCUAAGGCUGAAUAUGCUGGUUUUAAUGCACAACCUGCUUUCAAAAUUGCUAAGGGAGCUUCUGCCUUUGCCUUCCUAGGAACCAAUGUAAAUACUGAAGGUACUUGUACAGUUGCCCAAAGACUCGCCUUGAAUAACAAAACUCCAAUUACCUUGAAUGAUUUCUCAGGUGCCUGUAAUAUUUCUCCACUUGAUGCUGCAUGGAAGAAUGAUCCAUGUUGUGGUAAUUCUAAUAACCAAUGUUGCACCAGAAGAGAUACUACUUUUGCAUUUUAUGAUAUCAAUUCAAUGAGUAAUAUGAAUUGUUCCAAGAUGUUAGAGUUGAAGCUUCAUUGGCAUUCCUCNCAGCAGAAGUUAAGGUUGGUUUGUGUGAUGGUUCUUCCAUUCAAAGUGCUAUUGAUAAUGAAAUUGCAAUUAUCAAGAGUUCUGGCUGUGACAAGUCAUCCACUCCAGAUGAAUUUGUUGAUUGUUUGAAUACUAAGGGUAAUUAUGGACCUAUGGCCCUUCCUUCCUUUUCUUCUGUUUUUGGUUUGUUAAUUAAUUCUACUAAGGAAGAUAUUGUUCCAUUGGUUAUUUCUAACAAUGUCAUGAUUCCAAAAUGUAUCGAUCUUGCUACUAAUGCUGUAGUCCCACAAGUUACUAAAGAGGUUUGUGAAAGUGUUACCAGUUGCCCAUUCACUAGCUGUGGUAAUGAAGGUUGUUUUUACUGCAAUAGUACAUUGAAUUGCUCAAUGAUUGAUUCUGAUGCUGAUGGUUAUUUCUAUGAUAACACUACUUGUCCAACAAACGUUAUGUGUGGUAAGGCAAAUCAAGCCAUGCUUAAGAGUAAUUGCGAUAAUAUUUAUGAAUGUGAUAUUAAUUGUCCUGAUUGCAACUCAACUGAAGUUUGUACUGCUAAUGGUGUAUGUGAAGGUUAUCCUGUUCAUGGUGUUAUUUGUGCUGUUCCUUCUGUUUUGGCAGAUUGUCCAGCCACUUGUUCAUAUGACAAGUUGAUGGAUAUGUGUUUGUGUAAAGAUUCUAGUGCUCAAGUUGCUGCCAAGUUUAAUGUUUCAAUUAGUAACAAUAAUUUCACUGUUCCUCUCAAUGCAGUUCCAAAUACUUUCUGUCCUUUAGGAUAUUGGGAAUUGGCUCCUCCAAAUAAUGUUGAUGCCUGUCAUGCAUUCAAGGGUUGUUUCAAUCCACAAAAUGGUCUUUUCAAUUCUCUUUCAACUUGUAAGGAUAGUUCAUGUACAAAUGGUGUUGUAAUUAAGAAUGUUUACAACUUCAGAAAUGGUAACUGGGUUAAGGCUUCUCAAAAGGAAUUGAAAUGGGAUGUUACUAAACCUGUUGCCUCAAGAAAAUGGGUUUGGUCAUUGAAUCCUGAAUCUCAAAUUCCAGCUAAGGUUUAUACUACAAUGGUUGCUAAUAUGAAGCCAGAUUUGGUUGCUAAGAAGAUGACCUGUUUGACAAAUAUGCAAGAAAAUGUUAUCACAUUCACUUCAUGUAAAUGUGGUGAUGGUUCUGAUCCAGCUUGUAGCAAUAUGAAAUUUUUAACAUUUACUGAUAGUCAUAUUGUUGUUCCUGCUGGAGCAGACAAGAAUACUGUUUCUGAUUCUUUAUCAUUUGGUUUUAUUACUGUUCCUCCUCAAGUAUCAUUCAAUGAUGUUAAAUUUGUUGAAGCUAGAACUACUUUUAGAAAUCCUAACACUGUUGUAAUUGUUAAUAAUGCAACCAAAUCAGCCGUUGGUGUUUUAUUUGGUAAUGGUUACUCAUUCGAUAAUGAUAUGACUGGUGUUAAAUUGUGUUUGAAUAAGGUUCCUUCACCUCUCAAAACACCUCUUCCAAGUAAGCUUGGUUUUGCUAAGGAUACCGGAUCUGGUCCAGUUGAAAUGAAUAUUCCAAUCUCUGUCAAUGGUGCCAGUAUUUGUGCUCAACUUGAUAUUGCUAUUGAUACUGUUUACUACCCAAUGAAUUACGAAUUGCCACCUAAUCCAAAUAAUGAAAAUAAUGGAAAUGGUACCCAACCAAUGCCAUCAUGUUUUGGUUUAUUGGCCAAUAAUACUAAUGCAUGUUCAGGAAACGGUAAAUGUAUUGCCAAUGACACUUGUCAAUGCAAUCCUUCUUUCACUGGAAAGAAUUGUGAAAUUAAUAAUAACAACAAUAAUCAACCAAUGCCAUCAUGCUUUGGUUUGUUAGCCAAUGAUACUAAGGUUUGCUCAGGAAAUGGUAAAUGUAUUACCAAUGACACUUGUCAAUGUAAUGGUGGUUUCAAUGGAAAGAAUUGUGAAAUUAAUAACAACAACAACAAUCAACCAAUGCCAUCAUGUUUUGGUUUCUUGUCAAACAAUACUAAGGUCUGUUCAGGAAACGGUAAAUGUAUUUCCAAUGACACUUGUCAAUGCAAUGGUGGUUUCAAUGGAAAGAAUUGUGAAAUUGCCCCAUCAUGUUUUGGUUUAUUAGCCAAUAAUACUAAUGUAUGCUCAGGAAACGGUAAAUGCAUUGGUAUUGAUGCUUGUCAAUGCAAUGGUGGUUUCAGUGGAAAGAGUUGUGAAAUUAACAACAACAAUAACCAAAACAUUUUAUCAUGCUUUGGCAUCUUGUCAAAUAAUUCUAAGGUUUGUUCAGGAAAUGGUAAAUGUAUUGAUAUUGAUUAUUGUCAAUGUAAUGCAGGAUUCACUGGAAAGAAUUGUGAAAUUAAUUCAAAUUCCAACACAAAUACUACAGUUAUUACUUGUAAGGGUGUUGCUGCAUCAAGCUUGAGCGUUUGUUCAGGUGGUGGUAAAUGUAUUGCUCAAGACGUUUGUCAAUGUAAUACAACCAGAUAUGGUGCAAAUUGUGAAAACUUUGUUUGUUACUCAAAGACUGUUGGUUCAUGCUCUGGAAAUGGUUUAUGUUCAGGUCCAGAUAAAUGUGUCUGUAAGAAUGGAUGGGCUGGUGGUUUCUGGGCUGGCUCUAAUUGUGAAAUUUGUCAACCUAAUUAUGGAGGUGCUGAUUGUAAGAGUUUAGCUUGUAAUGCUAAUGUUACUUGUUUGGGAAGAGGUACUUGUAAUGCUGAUACUACUUGUAGUUGUACUGGAAACUUUGCUGGUCCUUUCUGUAGAACUUGUAUUGCUUCUUGGUAUGGACCUAGUUGUAAUGUUACUUGUGAUCCAAUGAAGAAAUGUAGUGGAAAUGGUUUCUGUACUGCUAAUGGUGCUUGUUCCUGUAUUUCCAACAACUUGUUGGGUAUGUAUGCUGGUGAAUCUUGUAGUUCAUGUGCCUCUGGUUGGAGUGGAUCCAAAUGUAAUAUCAAACUUGGUUCAAGUGCAACAUUUGGUUCUAUUGGUGAUAGAGUUUCAUUCGAAUUUGCAUUCCCCUCAUUAACUAACAACAUUGAUUGUGCUGUUGUUUUAUCUGAAUCAUCAUUGAAGGCUGUUGGUUCUGCUCCAAUUUGUAGAUGGGAUGAUCGUUCAAAGAAUUCAUUCCAAAUCAUUUUGGGUAGUGCUGCUUCUCUUUUGCCAGGUGAUGCUCUCCAAGUUAAAAAUAAUGACAAUGCAUUUGGUUCAGUUUCAGUUACUAGUAGUGGAUCUUCAUUCUUACCUCCAAGUGCUGAAUUGCGUGGUCCAAAGAAUGUUUCUUCAUGUACUACUUUCUUAUUUGAUGCUUCUGCUUCAGUUUCUGUUGAUAGAAGACCUUUGAAGUUUGUUUACUCAAUUUCUGGACCUGGUUCAUUAACUGCUGCUUCUGCUUCAUUGGCUCUUGUUGGUGGAAGUUUUGGAUAUUUGGACGCUUCUUUAUUAUCAAAUGGUGAAUUUACCAUGUCUGUCACUGUUACAAAUGGUUUCAAUUUAACUGCCAUUUCUAGUUUCAAGUUUACUGUUUCAUCAACUCCAUCAGUUAUUGUUCGUAUUCCAGGUGGUGCUUCUCAAUCUGUCAAUAUGGGUAGUUUAUAUUCUAUUCUUCCAAUUGUUGAAUAUCCAUCUUGUUUCUUCAGUGAUCGUACUUUGAUUUGGACUUGGUCACAAGAAUCUGGACCAGCCACAGCUACUAUGACAUUAAGAGAUAACAAUAGAGUUGCUAUUUUCCUUGAAAAUGCUUUCCCAUCUGCUGGUACCUAUUCAUUCAAGGUUAGAGCUGUUGCUAAGGCAUCACCAGCUUCAUCCUAUGAAACUACUGUUACUUUGCAAGUUAUUGCUACCGAUCUUGUCUUGAUGAUUACUGGUGGUACUACUAGAAAGGCCUCUGUUACAACAAGUUUUGCUAUUGAUUUCACUAGAUCUUAUGAUCCAGCUAGAGAUGCAAGCACUGAUACAUUCUCAGCAACAUGUACCAAUUUAUUAACCAAUUCUGCUUGUUCAUACAGCAUGUCAGGUGUUAUUUCUAAUAAGGUUGCUACAUUCCCUGCUGCUUCAUUACCAGAAGGUGAAUAUUCAAUUGUUAUAACCUAUACUAAGGGAUCAAGAACUGCAUCACAAGAAGUUUAUGUUUCAAUGGUUGGUUAUGCAGUUCUUACUGCUAGUAUUAGACUUACUAGAAAUGAUUGGAUUCCAUCAUCAAUUCCACUUGGUGAAAAUAUUCCACUCAUUGUUGAUGUAUUGAAUUAUGUUCCAGCUCAAGAAAAUCCUAUCAAUUUCACUUGGUCUUCAUUGACUGAAGGUUUCACUUUGAGUGAAGGAUCAACAACUAUUUCAAAGACAAGUGGUCGUUCAUUGCUCAUCUCUGGUAAGGCACUUUCUGCCGAUACUACUUAUUCAGUUCGUGUUGAUGUUUCUACUCAAAAUGCAGGUGGUUACUCUGUAUUCGAAUUUACUGUUAACAGCCCACCAUUGCCAGGAGCCAUUAGUGCCAGUCCUGCAAGUAGUACUGCUGGUCUUGAUACUGUUACCGUCACAUGUAGUGGAUGGUAUGAUUCUAACUCUCCAUUGACUUAUCAAUUCUUCUUCUAUGAUGCCAUUCGUGGAAUCUGGAGUACAUUGUCUGGUAGAACUACUGAUAAUCAAGUUCAAGCUAAAUUGCCACCUAGUCCAGCUGCUGAUAAGAAAUUGAGAAUUAGAGCUAGAGUAUUCGAUUCAAAGAAUGCUUUCAGUGAUAUUGAAACAAGUGUUAUUUCUAAUCCUCCUGAUUUGACAAGUGGUUCAGCUGCAUUGAAUUUCCUUAACCAAAGUGCUAACGUUGCUGAUUCUACUGCUAGUAGUGCUGCUGCAGUUUCUUCAUUGUCUUCAAUUUCUAAUCAAAAUUUGGCAGCUGAAGUUGUUACUCAAGUCAAGGCUUUCCUUGUCAAUGUUAUUAGUUCAGUUUUGAGUAAGCAAUCUCAAGUUGCUGUUAGUGUUGAAGAUGCUGCUGAAACCAUUUCAUUCAUUUCUGCUGCAGUUAAUAGUUUGGAUUUGGUUGAUUCCAAUACCAGAGGUCAAAUGUUGCAAUCUACUGCUUCGUCAUUGACUGCUUUGGCAAAUUCUGAUAAGCCAAUUUCAAGUGAUCUUGCCAAUUCAAUUGCUUCAUCCUUAUCAAACUUUAUUAAGAAUAUCUUAUCCAGCUCUGGUAUUUCUACAAGAAGUGCUAAAGCUUUGAGAUCUCUUGCCACUGAUUCACAAUCUGUUUUGGACAGUGCUGCUAGUUUAUUGGCAGGCAUGAGUAAGAAUCAACUCCUCGAUCAAGCAGCUUCAAUUUCCUCAAGCAGUGAAUUUAUUGUUUAUACCAAGAAGAUUUCUGCAUCUUCUACUGCUUCUUACAGUGAAGUUAUUGCUAAUAAUACUCAAUAUCAAUUGCCUGCUAACUUUACUGCUGGCUUCUCCUCAUCGAUUACUUCAAUUGGUGUUAAUAUCAAGCAAUUGAGCAAUUUGUAUAAGGCAAUUUAUUCUCAAAGUAUGACCAUUAUGUCCAAACUCUUUGAACUUAGCUUGGAAAAUGCUGAUACUGGUGCCAAGCUGAGCUUGAAUGGAGUGAAGAUUGGAAUUACUCUUAGUGGUAACUUUACUUUGGGUACAAGUACUUCCAAAUAUGAUUGUUUGCUUUGGAAUAACUCAACCAAGGUUUUCAGUAAGGAUUCAUCUUGUAGUGUUUCAAUUGUUUCUUCCUCUUCUGCCACUAUUCAAGUUUCACAAAGUGGUACCUAUGCUGUCAGUAGAUCUAUUGCUACCGGUACUUCUACUGUCACUCCAACUGCCUCAAAGAGUACAACUGUUAUCACUCCAAAGACCUCUAAGAGUAAGGUUAUCAGUGCUGGUUCAACAAACUUUGCUGGCUUGUUGGCUAUUGUAUUUUCUGUAUUGUCUGUAUUCUUGAUUUAAUGAGAAUGUAAUAAAUUAACAACCAUUUCAUUU